UGAUUCUUUUUUGAAAUAUUAUGCAAGACAACAUGACAACUGACCACAUGUUAUUCCAAGAAUAAAAAAUGUUGCAUGGAACAAUCCGUGUGCGCACAUCACGAAAAUAGGUGACAUGAAAAUGUACACACGUGCAGUAGCUCGUCAUCAGCACUGGACAAUGGCAGGAGCACAUGGGGAUGCAGACAAUCUUGAGAAGAGGCAAGAGGCCUGUGCCUUUAGCCCAGCUGAAAAGAUGCGGUUCACAUCUCUCACAUAUAAAAUCAUAGAGGAACUGAAAAUGAGAAGAGAGAUAGACAGCGAGAAUGAGAAAAAGAUACAGAGACUCCUGCAAGACAGGUUCACACUUGGAUGGAAACUGGACCAAGAGAACAAGAAGCUAAAAAGUUCUGAGGAGAAACAUGAUGCGGAGCUUCGUGAUGUCCGCCGUCAGUUGCAGGAAGAGAUGAAAGAAUAUCAAGUUGAAGCUUCCCAACACAAGGUAUACAGACAGCUGGCAGAGAAGGAGCGUGAAGCUAUGAAGGAAGAAAUCAGAAAACUUCAGCUUGUCAACUAUGCCCUGGACAAGAAAGUACGGGAAUACGAACGACAGGAGAAACUCCAUAACACAGAUCGAGAGCAACACAUAGAGCAGGUGUCCAAAUACGAGAGACUCUUCAAGCAGGUACAGUCGCUAGGCAACACACUGGAAUGCAGGCAGGAGCAGAUUGAGGCGAAAAUGAAAUACCUGCAAGAUUUAACAACAAAGUUGCAGUAUGAAACCAAGCAUCAGACCUGUAUUCUUCAACUGAAGGAUGAAGAAAUGGAAUGCCUAAGAAAACAGUUGCUGGAGUCACAAGUUAAAGCCAAACUGUACCCGGUGUAUAAUGAAGGGGAGAGAAGUGGGUUUCAGGAGCAGAUCACUAUGCUACACACCAGGAUUACCUCCCUUGACAAACAGAAUGAAAGAAUGGAGAAGGAGGGCGAGGACUGGAAACAGAAAUACUGGGGCUCUCUUAAGACACUAGACGAGGCUCAUCGCCUGGUGAAUGUCCAUCUCCACAACGCUGCAGCCUUCAAGGAUGAGUGCAGAGCCAUGGAGGCGGAGAGGGAUGGCUUGAAACUGGAGCUCCACCAGACCAGGGACAGGCUGCUGGCCCUUGAACAGAGACUCAAUGAGGCGCAGGAGAGAUUGGAGGAGGAGAAACAGAAUUGGCAGAGACAGGAAGAGACACUCAAAGAAAACAUUACUGAUGUCAAGGAUAAAUUGUCAGAAGUGGCAGGGGAAAAAGCAGACAUAGAGUCACAGCUGAAUGUCUUGAAAGAUGAUCUUAAGAGAGCAAAAGAAGAAUUAGAAGCUGCACAGACAAUACUUGAUGUUGAGAAACUUUCAUGUGAGAUCCAAACAGAGUUAACCAUGCUCUCUGUAAUGAACAGAGGAGUGCAAGCAUUGACAGAAGAAAGUGAGAAGUCUGUUCAGGCCACAGUGGCCAGUAGACCAGGUGUGUCCCAGACAAUAGAUGCAGCCCUUACAAGCAGCUCUGUUCAGACGGAUGCUCUGGAGGAAGACAUUGUAGACAUGGCAACAGUCAGCUGUCAGACAGACCUCCCAGAUAUGGAGGAGGACACGGUUGACAUGGUCACAGUCAGCUGUCAGGCUGACCUCCCAGAUAACAAGGAUGUUGAUGCACAGUGCAGAGAUGGUGAAAUAGAAGAGAGCAAGACUCUUGGAAAAGAUGUGGCCUCUGUAUGUACUCAGACUGAUUUUUCUUAUACGGGCCCUGUAUCUGGUCUGGUUCCUUCCUGUGCUGGUACUGAGGAGAUUGAUUUUGGGAAAUCUUCCUUUUGGGAAAUCAUGCAGAACAGAAACAAAUGCUCAGACAAAAUGGAUAUUAGCAAAGAUGUUUCUGCUGAGUUAACUGAUGUUAACAUACAGAAAAAGACUCUGGCUGAGCGAAGUGUGGGGAAUCUUGAAACAACAAGUACUGUUUCCGAUGAAAAUCUACCAACUUACACUGCCUUAAUUGAGGACAAUAAUGAAGAAAAUGCAGCUCCUGCAAAAGUGACGAUGAUGUUAAAUAAUGGUCAAAAUUUCAACAUCAAAGCAAUUGGACUAGAUAUACCAAAAAUUGAUGUCAAAACAGUGAAAUAUGCAAAAACUGUAUUCAUUGAACCAGAUGAGUUUAGUAUCAAGCUAACACAAGAUGAAGUUAACGAAAUUGGUGAAGAUGAAACUAGAAAGUCCACCACAGACAUUAACAAACAAACAAUAAAGGAUGAGAAUAUGACAUAUGUGAAGUAUAAAUCACCAGCUGCAAGUACAGGUAACAUUAACUUUGUAGAUAUUAGCAAUGGAAGCAGUCAAGAAGAUGAUGAAGUUGCUGAAAUACUUGGUGAUGAUGAAGAGGACUUGGAAGCAGCAGUGGAACAAAAAUGGGCUUUAGCAACGGAUGCAUCGAAAAGGCUCACCAAAGUUGGGAAACAUAAGCUGCUUAGCGCUCAGGACGUGCAAGAGAAAUUUCUAGAGUUCGAAGAUAGAAAGAAAACUUUUGAAGCCCUUAUGCAAGCAAGUAUUGGACAGGAAGCAGUUCCUCAUAAAUUGCAAAAAGUUGAUAACCAUUCCAAUGGAGAAUGUGAUGAACCUCUAAGGGACAUGAUGUAUCUGGCAGCUGACAGAAAUAUUGAUCCGGUAAAACGCAGUAUUACAGGUCAAAUUACACAGAAAGAAGAUGAUAAUGCUGCAUCAGUUUUAUCAGCUGAUUCUGGUGCUUAUGUUGUAAACACUAAUAGUGAAAAGACUGAAACAACUAGAAAUUCAAAUGAGACUACCAUACUUACUGGAAACUCCUCUGUUGUAAAACCUGCCCCAAGCUUCCUGCAGACUUACAGGAAUCUGAUGGCGAAAAUUCAUCCACUUCCACUCCACACUGUUCAGUUUAAGAGGAAGGCUGAUGAAGCUGACUUUGGGUCUGAUACAAAGAGGACACAUGUUGUAAGCCCAAAACCAUCUUCGGCUAAAGGAAUCUUAAAAGGAGCAGCCGGGGGCAAGAACAAAACAAAAAGUAUAACUUGGUCGGAGACUGUGAUGAUGAAAGAUUUCUACAAAGAAGAUAAUGAGUAACCUUGUAAUUAAUUGAUUAACAUGUAAAGAUUGAUGAGAAUAUGAGCAAAAGUCUCUGUAUUAGUUAUACUGUUUUAAUAUUGGAGACCUGUAAAAACAGGAUCACAGCAGUUGCGUGAAUCUUCAACAUAUUGUUUACCUUUUUCACAUAUUACUGUUCAAAUGAUAUUUGCACUUCAUUAGUUUCACAAAUUAUGUAUUUAAUGAAAUAAAAACAAAUCUAAA